AUGACAGCCCGCUCCUUUUCACUCCUUCUUCUGGCUACACUUGCGCAUGGACAACUCGUACCUACUGCUUUCUCCAGCAAUACUGGUGCCUGCGACUCGCCAUUCGUCACAGAUUGCCUUGCGCUGCGCGCGCGAUUACAAGGCUCUGACAAUUCCACCUUCCAAAUUCUUCACGACACUUGGACACCCAUCAAUUCUUACGCCGACUGUGCGUUGUCAGUCCUCUGGCCCCAGAACGUCGGAGAAGGCUGGCUAUCUCCCACUUACAGCAUAGCCGCCGACGCGCUUGAUGUUAUGAUGGAUUUCGGAUUGGAUGAUAACACCAUCUCGGGGGUACUUGCCCGAACUGAUAUGGAUUCAGACCAACAGCCAAUUUACUGGGCCUUGACUGGUGCCUACACGGACAAUGACUCGUGGCAAGCGAGCUUUGAAGAAUGCCUCAGCGGUGCUCAGAGCUCUUUCACUGAAGCACCAGGUGCUGUGGUCGAUACCUCUAUUACCCCAGAUCCAGCUUCACUGGAUGAGUUUGAAGCUGCUUUAAACCAGAACCAGCGUCGGUCCGGUUCUGUCAAAUCGACAAGAGACAAGAAAGAGGCCCUUGCCCGCAGAGCCAUCACAACACAGCCAACGUGUAAUCAAGUCUACGUCAAUUUUGGAACAGACAACCACUACAGAUGCAUUUGCAACAAUCGCCAGUAUGACCUCUUCUGUGAUUACAGAUCUUCAGCAUCUGAACCUAAUUGGACCGAAAAUCUUCGCCAGGCAGCUAUUCUAGAUCUUUCCACUUCUGUGAGCUCCAUGUGGACUUCCAACACUAUCCAACCCGGUGCAUCCUACAGCUCCAACCCGCUCGGUGCAGUGCUGUAUACGGGUACUUCCGGUUCGACAGAUCGCGUCCACGUCCCAGAUCCGGAUGGAAAUGAAUGCUGUUCGUACUUGUUGUAUGCAUAUUGCGCUUCUUCUCAUGGUCCAACAGGUCGUAGUGACUUUGUGAGCGGAUAUGGAAUGUGCCAGCCUUCCUAUACCCAUGAGUAUACAUACAGCGUCAACGAAGCUUUCAACGAGUACCCCGGUGGAGGACCCGGGCCAAGCAAUCCAAAGAGCAGUCCCAGGGUCGGAAGACUUCCGGGUGAGCUUUGAGAAUCUGUCCGAGCGCUUCUUGCCUCUGCCCACACAAUAUAAGUCGACCGGAC